AUGACCGCCCAAGCCACAGACUCCAAGAUUCUCCAUCGUUCCCUCAUCACACAUCCUGAAACCGUAGAAUCCGCAUCAGGAAGCUACUACACUCUUUCGAAUGGACAAAAAAUCCUCGAUGGAUGCACCGGCGCCGCCGUAGCGGUCAUUGGGCACGGAGACCCAGAUGUAAAAGCCGCCGUAAUGGAACAAAUGUCCCAAGUCUCCUACGCCCACACUCUCGCCUUUACGACAAACAGCGCCGAAGAGCUUGCCAGCACCUUACUAGAAGGCAACCCGUUUGGACUAUGCAAGGCGUAUUUCGUCGGGUCUGGCAGCGAAGCCAUGGACGCGGCAAUGAAACUCGCCAGACAAUACUGGGUUGAAGCAGGGGAGCCGCAAAGAAGACGCUUCGUCGCCAGAAGACAGGCAUAUCAUGGCAAUACCAUAGGUGCCAUGAGCGUUGGGAGUAAUGUUGCUAGAAAAGCUCCCUACGAAGGUGUCCUUCUGCUAGACAAUGUGAGCUACGUCAGCCCGGCGUAUGCAUAUCGUGUUCAGAAAGAGGGCGAGGCAGAAGAGGCAUACUCACAGAGACUAGUGGAUGAAUUGGAUGCCGAGUUUCAAACUGUCGGCCCAGAAACUAUCAUGGCAUUCAUAGCCGAGACGGUAGGUGGUGCAACAGCCGCUUGCAUCACUCCUCCCAGGGGAUACUUUGAAGGUGUUCGACGACUGUGCGACAAGUAUGGCAUUCUACUCAUUCUAGAUGAAGUCAUGUGUGGUUCAGGCCGGACAGGAACAUAUUUUGCCUUUGCGCAAGAAGGAGACGUCCGCCCUGAUCUCGUAACGCUAGGGAAGGGUCUGGGAGGAGGAUAUACACCGAUUGCAGGCGUUCUCGCUCACCGGAAGGUGAUUGACGUUCUUGCCAAGGGAUCGGGCGUAUUUGUCCACGGACAUACAUAUCAAGCCCAUCCGCUUUGCUGCGCCGCCGCUCUCGCCGUACAAAAGGUUCUAGAGAGGGACAACCUGGUGGCUAACUGUGCCGAGAAGGGCAAAUGGCUUGAAGAACAGCUCCGUAAGAAGUUGGGGCCACGGAAAUACGUGGGCAAUAUCCGCGGAAGAGGUUUAUUCUGGGGCUUGGAAUUCGUCAAGGAUAAAAAGACCAAGGAGCCGUUUUCGCCGGAUGUUCAUUUUUCGAGGGAGAUGAGGAAUGAGGCGCAGAGGCUGGGACUGGCGAUUUACCCGGGCACAGGGACAGCAGAUGGGUAUGUUGGGGAUCAUGUUAUUCUGGCGCCGCCAUUGAAUGUGAGUCAGGAGGAUUUGGAUAUCUUGAUGGAUUUGUUGAUGAAGACGUAUGAUGUUGUGGAGAAGCGUGUUUCUUGA